GUGAGGCUUGGAACGCAGGAAACCACUCAGAAUGAGGCUAGGCAUAUAGGAAACUGAUCUGAGAGUGAGACUGAGAUCCUGAACACAAGAAAUUAGGUGGGAGAAGGAAGGAAAGGUGGGAGUAGCAGACGAGAGGUGAUAUAAACCCACUAAAUAAGCUUUAUACGGAUGACUAUCAGAGCAGCAGUGCAGACAUGACGGGUGGGAAGAAAAGUUCCAAGGAAAAGAAGAAGAGGAGGAGGUCGAGUUCUCGUGACCCGAGUGCCCAGAUAGAGAGGAAGAGGAGGACUACGGAAUCCAGUCAGCAGCAGGAACCAGAAACCUCUGCUCCAUAUUCUGCGGUGAAAGAAGAAGAAGUAGAGGAGUUGAGUGAUAUAGAAGAAGGUGGACUAGACUUGAAUGUGCCUCUUAAACCUAUUAGUUUCUACGUUUCUGAUAGAAAGGAGAUGAUGGAACAUUGUUUUCGUGUUCUUGGCGAUCGGAAACUUAAGAAAAUGCUUCCUGAUAUGUUAAAGGAUUUGCCUCUUGAUGAAAUCAAGCGUCUCUGCCUGGAGCAAGUGGAAAUGGAAACUGAUGAUAAUUUGCUCAGAAUUCUACAGGGUGACCAUGGAGUAGACUCUGCAGAAGAAGAGGAAGGAUAUACUCAAUCCAGAGCAGGUCCUAGUAGCCAACAUAACGAUUUAACAUCUUCCUUAAGGGACAGUGUGGACGACAUGGAUACAAAAGCGGGAAAGGGAGAAGACUAUGAUGCUCUUAGCAUUAAUGCGGAUACCUAUGAUAGUGAUAUAGAAGGGGCAAGCUUUGAAGAACGUAGCCAUGACCCAUCUGUCGCAACCUCCACAAAAGUAACCGGAGAGCCUGAUGACCUUGUGAUGGACAUUGAAAAAAGUGUCAAUGAAAUUCUUGGCCUGGCUCAGCCAAUAGCUGAAGAGACUCCCCCUGGACCUGUUGCUGUACUCCCAGAGGACAUACAACCCUCAGCUCAACAGCUUGAGCUGCUUGAACUAGAAAUGAGAGCUCGUGCUAUUAAAGCCCUUAUGAAAGCUGGUGAUGUAAAGAAGACAUGAUCUAACACAAUGUGUACAACCAUUUCUUAUUUAAGUAAGUUUAGUUUUUAGCUAAUGCAAUAGAAUGUUUAAAUUUAAGUUUUGUACUUCAUGCCAUAAAAGAAUCUAACAAUA